CCAGUCUAAGCUGACCCACAGACUCAUAAAAUCCAACAAGGCUCUGAGCACCUUCACCUGGGACACCCAACCUCUCAACUCUAAGGUACAAGGGACUUGCACACAUCAGCACCCUGCCUGUUUUCUUGUGGAAUGAGAAAAUGAAUGUUUGUCUCCACAUUUAUAUUGGCAAUCCAUGAGAUCAGGGUGUUGACAGAAAGGAUGUUCAAACAUCUUCGUAAAUGGUUUGUCACUCAUUUUCUUGGACGUUCUCGGCAACGAUCAAGGCUAGUCUCCAAAGAUGGAAGGUGCAACAUAGAAUUUGGCAAUGUGGACACACAGUCAAGGUUUAUAUUCUUUGUGGACAUCUGGACAACUAUACUUGACCUCAAAUGGAGAUACAAAAUGACCAUUUUCAUCACAGCCUUCUUGGGGAGUUGGUUCCUCUUUGGUCUCCUGUGGUAUGUGGUAGCCUAUGUUCACAAAGACCUCCCAGAGUUCUAUCCAGCAGAAAAUCACACCCCGUGUGUGGAGAACAUUAAUGGCAUGACCUCAGCUUUUCUAUUUUCUCUGGAAACUCAAGUAACCAUAGGAUAUGGAUUCAGGUGUGUGACAGAGCAAUGUGCUACUGCCAUUUUCUUGCUAAUCUUUCAGUCUAUUCUUGGAGUCAUCAUCAACUCCUUCAUGUGUGGCGCCAUAUUAGCCAAGAUCUCCAGACCCAAAAAACGUGCCAAAACCAUUACAUUCAGCAAGAAUGCAGUGAUUAGCAAGCGCGGUGGGAAGCUCUGCCUCCUAAUCCGAGUGGCUAAUCUGAGGAAGAGCCUCCUGAUUGGCAGUCACAUCUAUGGCAAGCUUCUCAAGACUACAAUCACCCCCGAAGGAGAGACCAUUAUUUUGGACCAGACCAAUAUCAACUUUGUAGUUGAUGCUGGAAAUGAGAAUCUGUUCUUCAUCUCCCCACUGACCAUCUACCACAUCAUUGACCACAACAGCCCCUUCUUCCACAUGGCGGCAGAAACACUCCCUCAGCAGGACUUUGAAUUAGUGGUGUUUUUGGAUGGCACAGUGGAAUCUACCAGUGCCACCUGCCAAGUGCGCACAUCCUAUGUCCCAGAGGAGGUACUUUGGGGAUACCGUUUUGUUCCCAUAGUAUCAAAGACCAAGGAAGGGAAAUACCGAGUGGAUUUUCAUAACUUUAGCAAGACAGUGGAAGUGGAGACCCCUCACUGUGCCAUGUGCCUUUAUAAUGAGAAGGAUGCCAGAGUUAGAAUGAAGAGAGGCUAUGACAACCCUAAUUUUACCUUAUCAGAAGUUGAUGAGACAGAUGACACCAAAAUGUAGCAGUGGGUUUUCACUGUGCACAAAGUCUUCCAAGUACAUAAUAGCCAAAGCCAGUUUGGGAUAAACCAGGGUGAAAAAUCAGGUCUACUAGAACAGUCAUCCCUGCCCCAUGGCUAUAAUCCAAUCAGUCACAUUACUCUAAAAGCUAUUCUACUAGAACAUGAUGCUUUUAUAUGAGACUGGCAAAUGGAGGCCACAGGAGCUCACUUGGAAUCUUCACCGUGAUCACUGAGCUCACACAAUGUCGAUGGGAAUAAAGUAAUCAAAAAUCUUAGGGACAGGAUAUAGGAAAUAUUUUUAAGUGCUCCUUAAAGAAGUUAGCAGCUUUAGAUAGGAGCAGAAAGCUAUGUUUUCUAAUGAUGAGAAACCUUCAACUUUCAUUUUAAAAUAGACUUAGAUCAAUGGAAAAAUUAUCUCCAGAGUUGGGGAAGACAAACUAACCAAUUAAUGACAACAAGAAGAGACUGUCACACUGAAUGAUUUGUGGCUCGACCCUCCAGAGAUCUGGUGCUGGAGCCUUCAUCUGACACAAGUGUGUCACUUGUGUUUUGGUGGUGAGGGAAGGUGCAGUCCAGAGACUCUAUACCUCUCAAAACCUGAGGUGGAGAGAAACAGGGAGAUCCAAAUUGUCUUUAUGCCCUAUCCAGAUGCUGAGGUCCCUGUGGACUUUGGCACAACUGAUCAUAUGUGGUACAUUAAACAGAAGCUAAGUCUAUUUCCCUAAAAUUUCUGUGAAUAUCUCCCUGCAGGGCAGAAGGAUAGACUUAAAAGUGGUAGUCAUAAUUCUUUCUAUUUGCAAAUGAUGGCUUAUGGGGCUAAAAGUCUGUUAAAAGAGUAUUUAUUUUCUGACCUUCCAGUAUGGACAUGAGGACUAUGAGCCCAGAAGGAAUAUGAGUCUAAUGCUAAAAUGUUGUUUUGUUUCUCUGCUUGAACUCCAAUGCUACUUAUGAAGGAGCUGUGGGAAAGGGAAAGGUUGGGCCAUGGCCUAAGACAAGACAUUGCUGUUUUCCUCUCUCUGAGAUCCAGUAUCAUGUCUUCCUAAAAGAGAUAAACUUAGUGGAAGGAUUGACCUUGAAGGAAGGUUUCAAUGUGAAUGUCUUAUUCAUUUCCUCACCUGCAUUAUUUUGAAUGUAUCCUUAAAAAAAAAAAAGAAUGCAAAAAUAAAACAGAAUGCAAACCUGUUAAGGAAUCAAAAUGCUUUUUUGUAGCCGGGCGUGGUGGCGCAUGCCUUUAAUCCCAGCACUCGGGAGGCAGACGUGGGAGGAUUGCUGUGAGUUCAAGGCCACCUUGGGACUACAUAGUUAAUUCCAGGUCAGCCUGAACCAAAGUGAGACCCUACCUCUAAAACACAACUAGAAAAAAUGCAUUUUGGUAUGGUUGAUUAAUAAAUUUCUGUAAUUGUA